AUGGAAGUUUUAGUUAAAUCUAGAGGUGUUAUAAAGGGUAAAAUUACAUCUUUCAAAACGUAUCUCGCGAAAACAUCACUUACAUUUUCGGAUCCGUCCACACCAAUAGAUAACGUGACAGCGUCAGACAUACGUGAGCGCGUUUUUCGAGCAAGAGAAGCAUAUGAAAAAUUCGAGCAAAUUCAAUCGAGUAUUGAGGAGAUAACCGAGGAUGAUCAAGGUGCGGCAGAAUAUCGCGCAAUCUUCGAAGAAGAACAUUUCAGUGUUAUCGCGCAAGCCGAGGCUUUACGCAUGCGCAAUACAGUACACAUGGACGCGUCACGUUUGAGUGCUGAAAUUAGCGGGAUUUCCUCUUCACAAACGCCUGUCAUUCGCACAACGACCGGACAGAACGCGAUUAAUACUGCAGCGGGUAUCGCAACAUCGUCAAUUAUAUAUAAACCUAUGGGUAUCAGGUUGCCAACAAUCGAGUUGCCGAAGUUUAGUGGUGAAGCAUCUGAUUGGCUUAGCUUUCGUGACACAUUUGAAUCCUUGAUACACAAAAAUGAGACAAUUGAUACGAUACAAAAGUUUCAUUAUUUAAAGGCAGCGCUGCAAGAUGGUGCAGCGCAAAUUAUUAAGUCCCUUGAAUUUACCGCGAUCAAUUACACCGUAGCAUGGGAAACCAUAUGUUCUAGAUUUAAUAAUAAACGAUUGCUUACAUACAAUCACAUUAAGGCCAUAUUCAAUAUUAAGGUGUUAAAGGAAGAAUCAGCUCCGCAAUUGCGCGAGAUUGUAGAUAUAGUCAGCAAGCAUUUACGCGCUUUAAACGCAUUAAAUCAAGCAACAGAACAUUGGGAUGCUUUAUUAAUUUAUUUAAUCUCGACGAAAUUAGAUAGCAUAACGGCUCGAGCCUGGGAAAAGGAGCGAGCUGGAAAUGAAAUUCCCACAUUAGAAGACUUCAAAACAUUUCUAAAUUCGCGAGCGGACAUGUUAGAGACACUGGAAUUAAACAAUAAGUCGGUUACUAAAUUAGAUAUUAAGUCGAAACAAUCGGAUCGGUCCAAGGUCAAAUCACUGAUCGUACAAAGUCAAAAGUGUAGUAUGUGUAAAGAGAUGCAUAAGUUACUGACCUGUGAAAGGUUUCUUGAGCUCUCACCUCAAGACAGAGCGAAUCAUUUAAAAACAGCGAGGUUAUGCCUUAACUGCAUGAGAUCGGGACAUUUUGUUAGAGACUGUAAGGCAAGAUCAUGCAGACAAUGUUCAGGAAAACAUCAUACUUUAGUACAUUUCGAGAGAGCAUCCUCAACGCAGGUAAAGCCCGUUGAAGAGAACAAAACGGCUUCAGUUUUAUGUUUGCAUAGUCAGUAUAACACUCAUAGCGUUCUAUUGGCUACGGCAACGGUGGUGGUAACUGAUAAUCAUAAAGUGGAUCAUAAGGUUCGUGCAAUUUUGGAUCCAGGUUCUCAAUCUAGUUUCAUUACCACCAGGUUAUGUAGAGAGAUGAGGUGGCCUACAUCAAAAAUUCAGUUGACAAUCGAAGCUAUCAAUGGGAAAUCAUCUCAAAUAGAACAUAAAUGUAAUGUCAAAGUAAGGGCGCUACACAAUAAUUUUCAGUUCGAUAUGAAGUGUUUGGUAAUUUCGGAAAUUACAGGGCAAUUACCAACUCAAUACAUUGAUAGACAAGACUUGCAAAUUCCCACUAACAUUAGACUUGCGGAUCCUUCUUUCCAUAUUCCAAGCAAUAUAGAUGUUCUUAUAGGAGCUGACUACUUUUGGAGCUUACUUUGCAUAGGGCAACUGAAAGUAGGAGGAAAUCAACUUACCAUGCAAAAAACCAAGUUAGGCUGGAUAGCAGUGGGUCCGUGGAAGAGCAACAUAUCGAAAUCUAUUAAAUGUAAUCUUAACAGAUCGUUCGAUAUUGAUAGCAACCUCACGAAAUUCUGGGAAAUCGAGGAAACCGAAGCCAAAGAAACGUGGUCAGAAGAGGAGAAAGAAUGUGAAAGACAUUUCGUAGCAAACACAUAUCGUAACACAGACGGCAGAUUCGUGGUAAGCAUGCCACUCAGAGAAGAUGUCAGUAAGCUUGGCGAGUCCAAACCAAUCGCGCUCAAACGGUUUUUCAAUCUCGAGAAAAAAUUGAUAAGGUGUCCGACUCUUAGGGAACACUACAUUGCAUUUCUAGCAGAAUAUGAGAAAUUAGAACAUAUGAGUAAGGUCCUUGAGGAAUCAGCGCAUGAAAUUUCGUAUUAUUUGCCGCAUCAUUGUGUUAUUAAGAAUGAUAGCUCAACAACUAAGAUACGUGUAGUAUUUGAUGCAUCAGCACCAACCGAUAAUGGUAUAUCUCUCAAUGAUAUACAAAUGAUAAGUCCCGCAGUUCAAGGUGACUUAUUCGCAUUGUUAGUUAGGUUCAGAGUUCAUCCGUACAUAAUAUUAGCGGAUAUACAAAAAAUGUUCAGACAGGUGUUGAUAAAUCCAGACCAGCGUUUGUUACAAAGAAUCAUAUGGCGCUCUAGUGAUAAAGAUCCUAUACAAGAGUUCGAGUUAAACACGCUCACAUAUGGUACAGCAUCGGCACCGUUCCUAACAUCGAGAUGUUUGAAGGAGCUAGCUAAUCAAGUUGAACCUACCUUACCGCAAGCGGCCAGGAUCAUACGAAGGGAUUUCUACGGGGAGGCUAAAAAACUCGGAAUUUUCUAA